AUGGAUCUUUCAGGUUCCUUGCCUCCACCAUCCCCGGACACCUUCUCUCUUAUUCCCAACUUCUCCGUGCCCUCCUCCUCCCCCUCUAUCUCUCCAUCCCCCAGCUUGGCAUCCACGGCUCUCUUCUGCUCCCUCCUCUCCCUCCUCUCCUUGCUGGGCAUCACUGGGAACCUCUACAGCAUGGGCCUCCUUCUGAGGCGCAGGAGAAGUAGGAGAAGACGUGGAGCAGGACCAACCUGCUGCCUGAUGAGAGUCCCUGUACCAUCCUGCCUCGCCAACUCCUCCUCCCCUUCCUCCUCCCCCAUCUCCUCAUCCUCCCCCUCUUCUUCUCUUCACAUCCAAGUGGUCAGCCUUGCUCUUGCGGAUCUGCUCUACCUCUUUACCGCUCCCUUCAUCGUGUACGACAGUCUGGCGGCCGGCUGGGCCUUUGGCGAGCUGGGCUGCCGUCUCCUCCUGAGCCUGGACCUCCUCACCAUGCACGCCUCCAUCUUCACUCUCACUGCCAUGAGUCUGGAUCGCUACCGGGCUGUGGCCCAUCCCCUUCACACCUCCUCCUCCAACUCCUCUGGCCUGCUGCGCGUCGGCCUGGCCUGGGGGCUGGCGGUGGCUCUCAGUCUGCCGAUGAUGAUCACGCUGCACCUCGAGGACGGGGAGAACCAGGAAGGCCAGCUGUGUGUGCCUGCGUGGGACGAGCAGAGCUCCAAGGCCUACCUGAGCGUGCUCUUCUGCACCAGCAUCCUUGGUCCUGGGCUGGCCAUUGGAGCGCUUUAUGCGACUCUAGGCCGGCUGUACUGGGUGUCUCAGACCAGUCCGGCCUGGGCCAGUGGGAGCACCGCUUGUCCUCCUCGCUCCCCCAAACCCAAAGUCCUGCUCCUCAUCCUGGGUAUUGUCCUGGCCUUCUGGGCCUGUUUCCUUCCUUUCUGGAUCUGGCAGCUGCUGCCGCUCUACAAGCCCGACAUGCUGCGGACGGUUCCGGUAGGGACACAGGUGACCGUCAAUCGGAUCCUUACAGGGCUGACGUAUGGGAACUCUUGUGUGAAUCCAUUCUUCUACACACUAUUGACUGGAAAACGAAGACGCAACCGGCAGACGCUGACAUCAGCAAAUCAGCUGAGCCGUAAGAGCAGUCCGCUGCAGUAGUGUGUGUCUCCAACAUAUAGACAAUAAUGUGACAAGGUACUGUACAUGAAUGCUUUAUGAGUUUCAUUAUAGGCACCAAAGACCAUUGAUUUAUCCUUAGUCUACAAACUAAGGAAAUACGAA